GUUGAUCUCCAGUUCUUACCAUUUCCAGGAGUCACAACAGAAUGAUGCGAAAAGGAAAACGGAGAAGUGGCGCGGUGUACUUGGCUGCAGCUGUUAUUUUUACAUGUUAUUUGGCGCAAACCAUUGACUGUUACCGAUUGAAGGGAACAGAAAGAAGUGAAGGACGAAACGACCCUCAUGCAGCCAGAACAGCAGCUGUCCAGGAGGGAAGAAUUAUUUUCGGGAGAGGCCUUGAGAAAGUGUCUGGCCUCGAGUCUCGGGUCAUAGAUGGAACCAAGAAGACCUUCUCAAAUGUUUCUACUGAAGAUGAAGCUGCUUAUCAAGGGGACUCUCCAGUGUGGUGGGGACCGAAUGAAGUUCAGAGCAGUGGGCGAAGGUGCUUCACAGUUUACAAUGGACCGAGACUCACAGCUGAUGCCUCUGUCCCAAAUCCCACCAACCUGUGGCUACACAAUGCAAAGCAACCCUCUUGCACUUGUAAUGUUGGUCCCCUAUGAUGGCUGCAACAUGGUUCAAGAGGAUGGGAAUUAUAAGCUCAUAAUGCACUGGCAAGGAGUUCCAGUCACCCUCUUGUGUCCCUUUUACCCUCUGCCAGUCACCGCAACUCCAUCCCCGACGUUUCCUUGUCCUAGUACUAAAACUAUACAGACCAAAGCUGAACCGACUAAAACUAAACGGACUAAACCAACCAGAACAAAACUGACUAGACCGACCAGAACUUACCUGACUAGAACUAGACCGACCAGAACUUAUCUGACUAGAACCAGACGGACCAGACCGACCAAAGCUGAACCGACGAGGACCAGACGUACCAGACCGACGAGGACCAGACGUACCAGACCGACGAGAACUAGACGGACCAGACGGACCAGACCGACGAGAACCAGACGGACCAGACGGACCAGACGGACCAGACCGACCAAAGCUGAACCGACCAGACGUACCAGACGUACCAGACAUACCAGACAUACCAGACAUACCAGACCGAUGACAACCAGACGUACCAGACGGACCAGACCGAUGACAACCAGACGGACCAGACCGCCCAAAGCUGAACCGACCAGACGUACCAGACCGCCCAAAGCUGAACCGACCAGAC